AUGUCCUGUCCCCCAGGAGCUCUGGAGGACCCCAGGGGGGCUUUGAGGGUGGAAUCCCCGAUCCGAUUCAGUAACCAGCAGUGCUUUUCCAGAGCCUCUGAGACCAGGAAGGAGAUGGUGGUGGUUCUGGCAUUCGUAGUUUGCUGGUUGCCAUUCCACGUUGGCAGAAUCAUUUACAUAAACACGGAAGAUUUGCGGAUGAUGUACUUCUCUCAGUACUUUAACAUCGUCGCUUUGCAACUUUUCUAUCUGAGCGCAUCUAUCAACCCAAUCCUCUACAACCUCAUUUCAAAGAAGUACAGAGCGGCGGCCUGUAAACUGCUGCUGGCAAGGAAGUCCAGGCCAACAGGCUUACACAGAAGCAGGGACACUGCAGGGGAAGUUGCAGGGGACACUGGAGGAGACACAGCAGGCUACACCGAGACAAGCGCUAACAUGAAAACAACGGGGUAA